CCAAUCGCAGACCACACGCGCCACGGGCACCAUUGAGUGAGGUUUCGGCACGCACGACGCGUCAUCUCUUUAACAAAAACAAACAAAACAAAAGACAAAUGUACAUCCAUAUGUAACAUAUGUAUGUGUGUGUGUAGUACCCAUAAACCUCUCGUAUGUGCAUCGUAUGAGCGUGAGUGCUCCUAUCGCUCCUGCCCGAGAUUAUCAAUAUAUCAACUGAAUCAACCCACAAAGGAGAGGAGGAACAUGAACUGAAGCGAAGCCGAAUAAGGCUGUUGUUGUCCCAUCGAACCAGUGUGUCACCAACGCUGCCGCUAGCUGAAAAAGGAGAAGAAAUAGGUUCACCAACGAUCCUCAACGCAAUAUCCUCCAUCCCCCAUCCUCCACUCCAAUCCCAAUCCCCACCAUCCAUCCAAUGAGCAACACAAUGACAACCGCCCACGAGCCGACCAUCCACUACCUGGACAGCGUCCUUAAUGAGGAAGAAAAGCGGUGCGAUUACAGCCAUCAGUGGCGCAACUUUACGAUCUCUCGGUCCGGACGCUUCAGGUCAAAGAACAAGAAGCGCGAUGUGGUCGAUGGCAAGCUCUUUGACGCACACAAUGGCGGUGCGGCGACGAAGGAAAACGAAAAGAUCUCAUCGCGCAGUUCUUCUAGCGCCGGGCCCAAGUCUGCAGCCUCACCCACAACAGGACCCUUCGGCACUCCAACGGUAACAGGGAGUUCAGCUCGAAGUCAACGCGAAAAAGUGGAGUGCUACAAAAGUUUUUACGAAACGAAUUUAUAGAUAGUGGAAACCUGUUUCACAGCUUGAUUUAUUCUCUACGCACUUAUAUGUAUAUAACAGUGCAUGACGCUUUAUUAUAUAAAAUUGGGAGUUUGAGAGAGAUAGAGAGAGCAGGAAGGUUUAUUGCAGGAUUUGUGGACUACAAUGCACACUACGCCCAGUAAAGGCUGCGUCUAAUUUUUGCGCUGGCUGCUUGAUUAGGUUUGUUUUAGCAUUUAAUGAAGCAUGCUGAGGGGUUUAUAUAUAUUCAUAUAUUCAACAUAAUAUAUACAAUAUAAUAUACACGCUUUCUCUCCCUGAACUUGGAUCGAUUGUACUUAUGUUAAUUUAUUAUCUGCUGCUUGCUUAGAUUGUAAAAGUAUUAAAACGUGAUAAUUGCACUAAAUUAUAGAAUAUCUUUAAGUUUAUAGCUACAUUAUUGUAUUGCAUGUAUGUCAGAAGCAGUACAUUUGAGUCUAGCCAAUAAAGCACAAGGUUGGAUCUAA